GAAAUCCGUUGCGGUUUGGUCACUUAGUAGGUCGGAAGGUAUGCUCGUGUGUAACCGUUUCGGAUUUUAUGCGCGAAUAAUUAGCCUUUUUUUGUUGUUUUAUUAUUUGUAUUGAAAUCCUAUCCGGCACGGAUUGACUUUCAUGGCAGCGAGACUCAAAAUUAAGAGAUUAAGAUUAAGCUUACAAUGGGAAUUUUUAAACAAAAUAUUCUUCCUAUAUAUUGCAAGUCAAACCUCCGUCAGAGGCGACAUCCCAGAGAUGGCAGCUUUGAGUUUGAGAACCGAUAUAGUGAUGUCAUCGAUGAUGAUUACAACACUCGACAAUUCCGGGCCAGCAUUCCCAGUUCUGUAUUAACAAUCGUACUUCUUAUUAUUGGCAUUGUUCUUUUCAACACAGCCGCUUACUUCGGAGAUUUAUUACCCCGCCCAUUGCUUCAAGAUGAAAAGGGAAGAUUUGUUGCUAAAAGGGCAUACAUUCAUUUAAAUGAAAUAGUGAGCAUAGGCCCUAAAGUGAUUGGUAGUGACAAAAAUGAAAUUUUGGCGCACAGGACAAUACUGUACAAGCUUCAAGCUAUUAAAAACAAUGCCAAUCCUACAAAUGAUAUAGAGAUCAGGAUGCAAACGGUGAACGGUUCUUUCCCCAUCCGAUUCCGAGGUCUUGAAUCGACCAAUGUUUAUUAUAAUGUACAAAAUUUAAUUGUGAAGAUUGGGAAGUCUCCACAAGCACUUCUUGUCAAUUGUCAUUUCGAUUCUGUACCUACAAGUCCAGGAGCCAGUGAUGAUAUUUUGAAUUGUGCUGUAAUGUUAGAGGUACUCCAUAUUCUCUCACAAAGUCCGACCAAGCUACCAUUCAGUGUUAUAUUUUUAUUUAAUGGCGCAGAAGAAGGUCAGCUGUUGGCUUCACACGGAUUUAUUACUCAACACGAAUGGGCCAAGCAUGUCAAAGUUUUUAUAAACCUUGAAAGUUGUGGUGCAGGAGGAAGAGAGAUCUUGUUCCAAGCAGGUCCCAAUCAUCCUUGGCUUAUUGAAAAAUAUGCCAUGGUUCCCCAUCCACAUGGGUUGGUUGUGGCUGAAGAAAUUUUCCAGAACGGUCUUGUUGCUUCCGAUACAGACUUUAGAAUAUUUAGAGAUUUUGGCCGUUUGUCUGGUUUGGAUUUCGCUCAUUACAGGAAUGGAUAUGUUUAUCAUACUAGAUUCGAUAACAUUGAAAGUAUAUACAAUGUUCUUGGAGUUCUUCAGCACACUGGAGACAAUUUACUAGCUCUAAUACAUUCUAUUAUACAUUCAAAAGAAAUGGUAGCUCCAUCAUCAAAAGAAGGAAAAAUCGUUUAUUUUGAUGUUUUUGGUUUUUUCUUUUUGCAUUUUAAAGCAGCCACCUACAUGUACAUAAAUUAUGCAACAGUUGUCUUGUCAGUUACAUCAAUUUUAAUAAUGGCAAAAAGAUGUAAAAACCCACACCAAAUUUUAAUUUAUGGCGUUUUAUCAGCACUUGGAGGUUUGGUAUUGAGUGGAGUUCAUAAUUUAGCAAUGGCGUUUAUUCUUGACUAUAAGAAACUAACUCUUACCUGGUUUUCCACUAUUGGUUUUGUGAUUCCACUGUAUGGCAUACCUACUCUCAUCAUAUGUUUUGGCAUGGCGUUAAUACGCUCAGAUCGUGAAUCGGUUGGUUAUUUAUGUUGGGAAAGAGUACGCAGCCAUUGUCUUUCAGUUCAGAUGCUUUGGACGUUAAUCUUAUUGUCAUUAACAAUUAUGAAAAUUCGUUCAUCAUUUUUAAUUCAAUUACUUGUCAUCUUCCCUUCAAUUGCUUGUUUAAUAUUGAAUGACCGGAUAAAAAGUGUCUUUGGAUGGACAAUUAUUUACAUUUUGUCCACACUGCCGGUCUCACUUUAUCUGGCGUAUCUUUCACUAAGUGUUAUGAAGUUGUUUAUUCCUAUGUCAGGACGUAUUAAUGAUGACAAAAAUCCUGAAAUAACAAUAAGCUUGUUAUCAACUAUGCUUACAGUUGGAAUUUCAAGUUAUUUGGUCCCUUUAAUACUUGCUGUUCGAAAGAAUCAAAAGUAUUUGUUUAUUCUGAGUAUACUUGCAUGGGGCUCACUUCUUGUUGUGCUAUCUACUUCUUUCGUUUUCCCCUUUACCGAGAAAACGCCGCAGAGAGUAUUUGUAUCUCACGUUACGCGAGAAAGUCAUAACCUGUCGGGAAACGUUGAAAUCUCAGAUUCAUUUUUCUGGACCAUGAAUUUAGAGAGAAGGGGACAAAGUGUCUUGCCGUUUCUUUCUAGACAGCCUUCCAUAGAACAAUUUUGCGAAAAAUUUAAGUUUUGCGGCGUCCCGUGGCCAACUUCAGCAUCAUUCAUGGCAAGCAACAGGAGUGUUUUUACAAUGUCAAAACCACAUCAAUUCACGAGCCAAACUCACGUGCAAUUGACUGAUGAUGUAACGAAAAACUUAAAAAGGCAUUUGUCAUUUAAUGUUACAGGUUCUGAUCAUAUGAUUCUGUAUAUUUCCCUACAACCAAAUACUGUUCUAAAUAGUUGGAGUUUAGGCAUUGUACCUUUACCAUCAUACAAUGAAAACAACAUGACAGUCUAUUUCGUUUCAUAUUAUCAUGGUUUGAAAACUCCUUCUUGGCAUUUGUGGUUAGAUUUAAAGGUUGCAGACAAGAAACCGCCGCACGUUGACAUUGGCCUCACAAGUCUGUAUAGUUAUCAUGAAGCUCAUUUUUCAAAUGAGUUCAACAAUUUUAUGGCCCAAUUUCCACCGUUUACCCAUCUCAUUCCUUCAUUGUCAGUCGUAAAAUACUUCACCUAUUAGAUUAUCCGAUGAGUUGUGUGUUUCUCAUAUAAACAAUUAAUCGAGGGACUUGUUUUCAUUGCCCAAUCCUUUAUUUCAAACGUGACAAAUUGCUUUAAUAGAAAUGAUCAAUGCUGAACCAUUAAAUGCCUUCAAAAGUGUCUAGAAAAAUGUACUUGAUGCAGCAGUCUACUGAUGUAAAUAAAAAUGUUAAUAUAGUUUUAGUAAUAACACUCAUCCCUUACUUUACACAAAUAUCCAUUCCAUAUGAAUUUGAUUUUUAUUUGAUGUCAUUAUUGCUACUGUAAUUCAAAACCAACAAGCCUUUUCUUUUUAACUAACAAAAAGUCGUCAUCUUCAUCGCUUGAAAUAUUUGGAAGUUCGUCUUCAUUUUCAUUGUGAAAGUAAAUUUUUUCAGAUGAGUUGUUCUCAGUAUUUUCCGUUACUAAGUUUUGGUGAUGGUUUUGAAACUUAGUUAGACAUAACUGGGUAAAAAUUACAAUAUAAAUUAUAAAACUAAACAAUAUAGUAAUAAUGUCAUCCUCUCAACAUAUAAAUUCACACUGUUUGCUUCUGCACUAUGUCCCAGCAGCUUAACGCAACAAUGUUUCUUUCUGCGUCACAUGUUUAAACAGUACAACUGUAUUUUGUGUAAUUUUAACUUAUAGGAAAACAUAUAUGUACAUAUCAGACCACAUAAAAUAAGAUAAGAUUGCGUAAAUCAAUUCCACAUAUAAAAAGUUCUGCAUAAAUUGAGGUAAAUUUGCCCGUAAAGUAAAUGCUUAUGUAAAACAAGUGCUGUGUAAAUUGAGGGAUGAGUGAAUGUGGAAAUAUAGUAUUGUACUUUAUGUAAUCAGGGAACAUCAAUUCAGGGAUCAUUAAAAAAAAUCCCUUAACCUCUCACUGUGUUAAAAUAAUUAUACUUGUUUUCAAAUAUCAUUGUUAAUAUUGGUUGUUAUGUAUUUGUGUAUUAAAUGUCAUCUACACUUGUUA